AUGAAUUGUCUAUUAUUAGCUAAAAGAGAAUCUACUUAUAUUAAUAUAAGGAGAUGUAUACAUAAAUAUCAAGGUACUGGAAUUCAAAGAUAUGAUAAAUUUUUGGAAGCAAAAGAAAUUGCUAAAGCAAACGAAGGAAAAGUAGAGGAUCCACUUGAGUACACUAUACUUGGAAAUAAAAAGAAAUCUAAGAAAGAUAUUUUUUUCUAUUCAGAUCGCAUUUCCGGAAAAGGAUAUUCACAUUAUUCAAGUACUAUUUAUAUGAACCGUCCUUAUGAAUUUUUCUACCAGAUAUAUUUUAUUAAAUUAAAAUUCCUACUUCUUUAUUUGAACAAACACAUGUAUUUUCAAAAAGUCCAUCAAUACAAUAAGCAAAAUUACUGUUCUUCAUCUCUUCAUGACAUAACUUUGUGCAGUUAA